AUGUCCGGUAAGCGCAAGAGGACCGUUCCUAAGAAAUUUGAAUCCCCCUACGCACUUGACAAGCCCAACAGGCGUACCAACCGUGGUCAGAAACCCUCCGGUACUUCUACUGCUACUAGAGCUAUGUUUUCUGAAAAUCAUGAGCCGGAGGUUGUGGCAGAUGAGUUGACGCCGGAAAUAAUUGAUGCAGCUGUUUCAUUUGUCGAGUUAGCUGCUAGCACCGAGAAGAAUAGGGGGAAGAAAGUUUACUACAGUGAAGGGCGUGGCAUAUCUCUGACUUCCGAAAGGAUUCGACCGGUACUAACUCACAGAUGGCUGUCGGACGAUGUUAUUGAUGCUUAUAUGGGACAUUUGGAGCUGCGCGUUGGUCAUGAUCGUUACCUCUGUCCAGCGUGGAGGUCCAAAUUCCUUGUAGACCGUGCUAUCGCACGAGACGAUCCAUUACCGUCAAGUUGCAACAUGGAUAGUGCUCUGUCCAAAGCUGGAGCAUUUAAUAGAGUCACGAAAGAGUAUACUGUGCGUGAUAAGACGUAUAUCGCGUUGAAUAUCGACAAUGCCCACUGGAUGACCGUGGUCAUGCACUUGAUCAAGCAAGAAUUCCAAGUUCUCGAUUCGCUUUAUCCUCUGGACCUAACAGAAAAGACUGUGAAAGCACUCCGAAUGGCUAUAGCACACGAUAUGCACCUAGCAAAUCUUAUUACACCAGGGAAAUAUCCGGACGUAAGUAAGUGGCCUAUCAAGGAGUAUGACAUGCCCCCGCAAGAGGAUGGGAACUCUUGUGGCCUUUUUGUCACAGAAUGUCUAGAACAUUGGGACGGGGACCGAAUGACCCGUGAUUUUUCACAGGCCACCAUUGACGCAAGGAGAAGACGUUUCGUCGCGGAGUUGAUUAUGUCACCUUCGAACAAGAUGGAGUGUGUGAAGAACAAAAUUCACGAAAUCGCAAGGAAAAGGCGCGCCUGA